UUUUAAAUUAUGUAAACACAACUAAUAUCUAAAGAAAUAACGUUUAAAAUAUACCAACUCCAUUAAACAGAAAUAUGGAAUGAUGGAGGGUUAGACAAAAUGUUGGAUAAUUUGAAAAUAGUCUUGCUUUGUGCUGUUCUUAGUGUCAGUAUCACAGCUACCUCUGGUCAAUGUAGUGAACCAACGCCACCUGAACAUGCGUACACGUUAACAGUUUCACAAGUCUUGUACACAUCAGGAGAAAUCUACGAGUUUCUAUGUAUACCUGGUUAUAAGUUAGAUGGGAGCGGUAACCUGACAUGCUCUGGUACCAGUUGGACUCCGGGUCUACCAUCCUGUAUUUCAGCAGAGAUAUUAAAGUGGUGGGUAUAUCUUGUUUGUGUUGUUGCUGCAAUUAUUCUGGUUCCCUGUAUCCUACCAAGGAUAUAUGCUUGUAUAUGUAAAAGAAAAAGCAAAUCUGAUGACCGUAAACCUCUGACAAAGGAAAAAGGUGGUUACCAUGGUAAAGGAGGUGAACCACCAGGAGUAUGGAGGAAGAAUAAACCUAUUACACCAGUAACUGAUAAAGGAAAACAUAAACUUAGCUCACUUAAAGAUAAUUACUCAGGUUAUCCUCACUCAAAGAACACUUAUUACUGAACGUUGAUUGGCUUAUACAUUAUAAUCCUGGUACAUUUGAUAACUAUAUACAUUUAUCAGUAUUUAUCAGUAUUUAUAUACAUGUAUCAUAAAAUGUUCAACUAAGUUUGUUUGAUUACAAUUACAUUAGUAGAGUCUGUC